AUGAGCGCCCGUGCAGGCUUCCAGUCGUUCAGAGAUCAGCUCGACGAACACAAUGACAGGCGCGAGCGAAUAAUAAAGGCUUCUCGCGAUAUCACCGCCCUCUCAAAGAAGGUCGUCUUCCUGCUCCAUCGCCAGAUGACCCUCCCCGACCCGGACCCGAACACCGCUGCCGCUGCCGCGCGCCCCAAGCUGGCGGAGAUACAGCGCAUGCUUGCCGCACUCAAACCUGACCUCCAAGGCGACAGAUUCUGGAGGUACCAGGGCAACGUCUCGCCCGGUCUCCAGGAAUAUAUCGAGGCCCUUUCCUUUGCCCAUUAUCUCGACACCCGCUCCCUCCUCACUUUUCAAGACGUUCAACAGUCGUUGACCAACGACGAUGGUCAGUUCUUCCCGCUCACCCUCUCCGACUACCUUCUCGGUCUCUCCGACCUCACGGGCGAACUCAUGCGCUUCGCCAUAUCCGCCAUAUCCCGCCGUGGCGGUCGCCAAACCGCCGCCGACGUGUGCUCGUUUGUGCGGGCCGUCAAAGCCGAUUUUGAGCGCUACUCCCCCGGCGUGCGCGACCUGGGAAAGAAACAGCGCGUCACAGCUCAGAGUCUUGUCAAGAUCGAGGACGCCGCCUACGCCAUCGCCGUGCGCUCCUCCGAGUUUGAUCUUCCACCGGAAAGACUCGACGACCUCGUCGCGCAAACACUUGCGAGCGCCUCCCGCGAAUUCGAAGAACACACUGCGGCGUCGCGGCGUCGCUCACGCAGGGACGAGGACGAUGGUGAGGACGACGAUUGA